AUGACGAGCACCAACAUCGACGCGGCCGAGCAGAUCGACGAUUUCUCACCAACCACAAAUACCACGACAGGAGGAGGAGGAGGAGGAGGAGGAUCGAUGAAAGAGAAAAAAAGUAACAGCAGUGGGGUUGUUGUGGACCCCGCGGCGGAGACGACGUUCUUGCACGGGUCCACGUGCGUCGUCUGGGAAGGCGAGUUGUAUACCUACGGCGGUCUCGGCGAAUACGGAGAGUUUGUCGAUUCCAUCACGAGAUGGUCCGGCAGAGGCGAAAACCGAGAGGUGACGCCGCAGAAUAAAAACAUGAAAACGGACGUGCCGCCGGGGAGAUACGGACACACGGCGACGAUGAGCGGGGAUUACAUGUAUGUUUUCGGCGGUCAAGGGAGAUACGGCGCGAUGAACGACCUUUGGGUGUUUGACUUUGUUCGAGCGACGUGGUCGCCGUUGGAUGCCAUCGGGGAGGCGCCCAGAGAAAGGUUUGGGCACUGCGCGUGCGUUUCCGAGAACGUUUUGUUUAUUUUCGGUGGUAAAGACGCCAGGCCCGGAUUGAAUGUGGAAAGUUUCGAAGAUUUGUAUGGGUUUGAUAUCGCCGAGAGAGAGUGGUUGCACAUCGAGAGCAGGCAUGGAGGGCCGAGCGGUGGAGAAGGGUGCGCUUUAACGGCGGUAGAUUCUGUGUUGCACGUGUUGAGUCCGUCCAUGCCGUCUUCCGCGACUGCCGGUGGCUCUCAAAUGAGCAGCAGCAUGCAGAAUAUACACUCUUCGUCGUCGAUGGGCGGACUCAUCGCGGUGGAUGAGACGCAAUCGGCGGCGCAACUCAUCGGGUCUUCUUCUCAACAGCAAAUCGAACAAUCUCUGGUACUCUCGAGACGGGCGAGCACGGAAUCUUUGGCUUCCUCGAACAUGGACGCCGGUAUGUCCGUCUGGAUUUUAGAAGGCGGGCAAACAUCAUCGGAUGGUAAAGCGAAGGUACCUCGAUGGACAAAAGUAGCGCACAACAACGAAUCCGACGUGCCUUCGUCGAGAACCUCUUACGUUGCCUCAAAGUUUGGGAAUAAUUGGAUCGUCCACGGUGGUCGAUCCUUGAGCGACGACGGUAACGUCGUCGUUCUCGGUGACGCGUAUUGUUUCCAUUUCCCAACCGCCGAGUGGGCGAGACUCGAUCCCAUAGCAGACACAGACCCGAGAUUUGGACACUGCGGGACGUGCAUAGACGGCGCUUUAGUCAUGUUUCACGGCGCGAGAAGUUCGUCCACGAAAGUAUCGAAUAAAGACGUGAGUGCGUGUAUUGCGAUUAAUUUAGAAGCUUUGCUACCGUUUCCUCUCGGAGAAGAUGAAGAGGAACAAUUUCUCGUCGACCGCGACGCAGAAAAUUAUGGACAUUGGAAUUUAGAAGUCGCAAACUCGGGGAAAUCUGAAUUCGGUGGAACUCUUUACAGUGGUGGAGGUGGUUUAGGUGGAGGCGAUAAUAGCGAAAUGAAUUACUCUUUCAACGAAAAUGAGACGACUGGUUCGUUUAGCGAGGAUUUGGACGAGUCUUUCGAGCGAGGGGGUAGUUUUGCCGCCUCUCGAAAUGCCGCGCUCGAAGCCAAGGUCCUCGCGCAACUCAACAGUAAAGGUAUCACAAACAGAUCUGGAGGACAUUUCGGUCAGUCUUUACACGCUCCAAAGUGUGGCUAUCACGAAGUUGGUAACGUCGAGUUUGUCAUCGAUGAUAUUAAAGUGCACGCGCACGCGGACGUUUUGAGCGAACACUCUGACUAUUUGAAACGCGUUUUAAACGCUUCAGAGGUUGGGAUGGCUUUGAACAGGGAGGUGGAAGCAGUUGUGAAGCUCCAGAAAGACGGAACCGUGUUCAAUGGUAUCAUCGCCGCGAUGAUUCAAAUUUUGUAUUUUAUAAUAGUCGCUUUCUCCUACGGAAUGAAGAAAUUCGUGACGCCCGAAGAGCGAAUGAAUGUUAAAAUUAUCGUUCUUAGAGAUACGCAAGUUCCAGUUUUGAUUGCCACGUUGCGAUGGAUUUAUGAAAUUCCAGUCCAACCGAGCCAGGAGAUUUUAGCGGACGUGUAUCGACUUGCGAUGAAGUUCGGAAUCGAUGGUUUACCAAACUACUGCUUACACCGGUUACGGACGGAGAUGAACCCAAACUUGGCAGCUUCUGCAGCGUGUUUGGCGUAUGAAAUUCGCGAUUUGACUUUGUGGCAAGCCGCAGUGAGAUGCGCGCAAGGUGAUUGGGCAGCUGUCAGUCAAUCAGAAGAAUUUGUUAAUCUGAGACUUUCGAAACCUUCAAUAGCGAAAGAGUACACGCUGAGUUCUCAUCAGUCGAUCGAAAUUCCUGGCCAUCUUCCCUUCGCGAGGCGUCACGCCACAAACAGAAAGAAUUCUUAG